AUGGCUGAUGAUAAGUCGUCUAAGACGAAUGGAGUCGGUUCUGAUCCCCUGCAACGCCUGGCUUCGUUCAAACCACCCCGUGAUCUGACCCUCGGUGGAAUUAAAACCAACAAAAAAGUAUUCACACCUAAUUUGAACGUAAUCAGGAAUAAAAACAAAGGUGCACCUAAACCACCACAGAACCAGAAGAAAGAUGAUAAAGACAAAAAGGACAGGAGAAAUGACAGAAAUAAGAACUUCAAAAAUGGACCUAACAUUAUUAAAUCCAGUGGAGUUUUCUCAGAAGGACUAGGCAGUGCUGAGAGACAUUCAUCGCGAGUGUCAUAUGGCAGAGAUACGGAUACAGUCCAAACUAUGCAGAAACCUACCAUUAGAGUUAAGGAUGUUAUAAAGAUCGAUAAAGAAUUAGAGGAACAAAAAAUUAAGUCAGUGCUAGGAGAGAACGGUAAUUUGGGUGACGAUGACAGCGGCGAGGACUUUAAACAAAUCCAUGAGACGGACGCACCUAUCAAGCUGCCCAUGGAUGAUGGUGGAUGGUCGAAAAAACCGUCACUGAAAAUUAAACAGGAGGUGAUUGUGAAGCGGGAACCCGAGGAUGCAGUCGACAGUGUCAGUACUGAGGUGGAUGAGAAGCCAGCCAUACCUGACAUAAAACCUGACGUUUAUGAAGAUCUUGAUGUUGUUAACUUACUGAAGACUGAUCAACCUACCCUCAUAUUAUUGCAGUUGCCAGAUACACUGCCAGGCCGCGGUGGCAGGAUGGAGGAUGACAUGCCUCGACGAAGGGCUAAUAUGAACGAGGAGCCUUCCACAUCCAGCGAAGAUAAGGAGGAAAAACCAGUAGACAACAGAUGUCGGCUGGCAGACUUAGAAGAGGGUCGUAUUGGCAAACUUCGAGUGCAUCGCUCUGGACGAGUCAGCCUAGCACUUGGGGACACCAUGUUUGAGGUAUGCUUAGGCACGAAGGCAGCGUUCCACCAAGAAGUUGUGUCAGUGGCUACAGAUGAGGCAUCCCGUUCAGCCAACCUGGUGUCUCUCGGCUCCUUGCAGCACAAGCUCAACCUCGUCCCCAAUUGGGAGACCAUGUUUCAAGAUAUGUCUGUAUAG